AACUACGUCUAUCCCAACUUUCAGCGCCACUUGCUCCUGUGGUAUCACGACCACACUUACGGCAUGACCCGGCUCAAUAUGGCUGCUGGCUUGGUCGGACUUUACGUGAUAGAGUCGCCCUGGGAAGAUCCAUCCUGGGUCCCGAGAAACUACUUACUUCUGGUGAUCCAAGACAAGCAGUUCUUCAGCGAUGGCUCCAUAAACUAUCCCAGCAAUCCGGCAGUUCAUCCGCAGUGGUGUGCGGACUACUUUGGUGAUACCAUUCUGGUGAACGGGAAGGUGUGGCCUUACAUCGAAGUCUGGCCGGUGGUGGUGAGGUUCCGGGUGCUGCUUGCGGCAAACUCGAGAUUCUUCAUCCUCACCUUGAACGACACGAGCUUGAGCUUCAUCAAGAUUGCCACGGACGGGGGAUACCUGGCGACUCCGAUACGGCAGAAGAAGCUCAGCCUCUCUCCUUCCGAACGAGUCGACAUUCUUAUCGACUUUCGCGGAGUGAAGCCCGGGGAGAGAGUUCUCUUGUACAACAACCCGUCGGCUCCAUUCCCGAGUGGAAGCGUCACCGAGCAAGAAGUUCUCCUGUUCAACGUAAUCAACUGGCAGACCAACGCUACCGUCGACGAAGACGCCAAUGAGAUCCCGCAAGCACUCACUCCAAGCGAGCUGGCCGAGUUGCCGACGCUAUCGAUCAUCAAAGCCACGGCCGGAGUAGAUCUCUCGUACGUCGACUGGGCGUCAACUUACAACCGGCCUUUCGUUCACGACUCUGGAAACACGCUCACGGGACUCUUCCUCCAGGACAGGUUCUCUUUCACGCGUCCGGCCACCGAGCAAGUCCUGCUCUACACGAACGAGGUGUGGUGCAUGAUCAACACCAUGACAGCAUCCCAUCCGAUCCACAUCCAUCUCAUCAACUUUCUCGUGCUCGAGCAGCAGGGAUUCGACACCGGGCGAUUCGCUGCCGGGUCGUGCUCGUUCGAGUACGACUACCCGGACUCGAGGAGCUGCUACACGGGCGAGGCACAGGGAGCCGACGUGGAUCAAGUCGGGUGGAAGGACACGGCCGUCAUCCAGCCCGCCACCGUCACCCGGUUCUUCCUGGCGUUCAAGCCCAGCAUCUCGUACAGGUUCCUUGGCGCUCUUGAGAUCGGCGAGGCUGACUUGUCCUCCAGCAUCCAGCAGCAGGAACAGCCAUCGCAGAGCCACCAGGAUGGGAUCAGCGGUGCCAAGGAUUCGAUUCGCUUCAUAGACGGGUUGACACUUCGGAAAUUUGGUGAUCGUGGAUCUUGUGGGCACAAACACUGA